AGGACGGGCGAGCAGGCGGGGUUGGGGUUACCGACCGCAGGAGGAGGAGGAGGAGGAGGAGGAGAAAGGGUUGUGCUCUCGGCCGAGCGAGGGGCGGGGCCGCGGGCGGCGCGAGCAGGUGCAGGGCUACCGGGACCCGCCGGCGCGCGAGGGUCCUUGGCCCUCGCCGUCGCAGCAAGUGGCCGCCGUCGCUGGGUCGCCUUGGGUCUGCGGGAGGCGGGUUAUGGCGGCGGCGGCGGCGGCAGUGGAAGCCGUGAAUGAAUUCUCCGGGUGGACGAGGGAAGAAGAAAGGCUCCGGCGCCCCCAGCAGCCCGGCGCCUCCCAGGCCUCCGCCCCCCUGCCUGGCCUCCGCCCCUCCCGCCGCCGCCGGGCCGGCCGCUCCGCCCGAGUCGGCGCAUAAGCGGAACCUCUACUAUUUCUCCUAUCCGCUCUUCGUCGGCUUCGCGCUGCUGCGCCUGGUCGCCUUCCACCUGGGGCUCCUCUUCGUGUGGCUCUGCCAGCGCUUCUCCCGCGCCCUCAUGGCCGCCAAGAGGAGCUCCGGGGCCGCGCCGGCGCCCGCCUCGGCCUCGCCCCCGGAGCCUGUGCCGGGCGGCGAGGCCGAGCGCGUCCGCGCCUUCCACAAGCAGGCCUUCGAAUACAUCUCCAUUGCCCUGCGCAUCGAUGAGGACGAGAAAGCAGGAAAAAAGGAUCAAGCUGUGGAGUGGUAUAAGAAAGGUAUUGAAGAACUAGAAAAAGGAAUUGCUGUCAUAGUUACAGGACAAGGUGAACAGUGUGAAAGAGCUCGACGCCUCCAAGCUAAAAUGAUGACAAAUUUGGUCAUGGCCAAGGACCGUUUACAGCUUCUAGAGAAGCUGCAACCAGGUAUGCAGUUUUCUAAAUCACAAACAGAUGUCUAUAACGAUAGUACUAACCUGACAUGCCGCAAUGGACAUCUCCAGUCAGAAAGUGGAGCUGUUCCAAAAAGAAAAGAUCCCUUAACACACACUAGUAAUUCAUUGCCUCGUUCAAAAACCGUUAUGAAAACUGGAUCCACAGGUCUUUCAGGCCACCACAGAGCACCUAGUUGCAGUGGUUUAUCCAUGGUUUCUGGAGCAAGACAGGGGCCUGGGUCUGCAGCAGUUACCCACAAGGGUCCUUCAAAAACAAAUAGAACAAAUAAACCUUCUACCCCUACAACUGCUGCUCGAAAGAAGAAGGACUUGAAGAAUUUUAGGAAUGUAGAUAGCAACCUUGCAAACCUUAUAAUGAAUGAGAUUGUGGAUAAUGGAACAGCUGUUAAAUUUGAUGAUAUAGCUGGUCAAGAAUUGGCAAAACAAGCAUUACAAGAAAUUGUCAUUCUUCCUUCCCUGCGACCUGAGCUGUUCACAGGGCUCAGAGCUCCUGCCAGAGGUUUGCUGCUCUUCGGUCCUCCUGGAAAUGGGAAGACAAUGCUGGCUAAAGCAGUAGCUGCAGAAUCAAAUGCAACCUUCUUUAAUAUAAGUGCUGCAAGUUUAACUUCAAAAUAUGUGGGAGAAGGAGAGAAAUUGGUGAGAGCUCUUUUUGCUGUGGCUCGAGAACUUCAGCCUUCUAUAAUUUUUAUAGAUGAAGUUGAUAGCCUUCUGUGUGAAAGAAGAGAAGGGGAGCAUGAUGCUAGCAGACGUCUAAAAACAGAAUUUCUGAUAGAAUUUGAUGGUGUACAGUCUGCUGGAGAUGACAGGGUGCUUGUGAUGGGUGCAACUAACAGGCCACAGGAGCUUGAUGAAGCAGUCCUCAGGCGUUUCAUCAAACGUGUAUAUGUGUCUUUACCAAAUGAGGAGACAAGACUACUUUUGCUUAAAAAUCUGUUAUGUAAGCAAGGAAGCCCAUUGAGCCAAAAAGAAUUAGCACAACUUGCAAGGAUGACUGAUGGAUACUCAGGAAGUGAUCUGACAGCUUUGGCAAAAGAUGCAGCACUGGGUCCUAUCCGAGAAUUAAAGCCAGAACAGGUGAAGAAUAUGUCUGCAAGUGAGAUGAGAAAUAUUCGAUUAUCUGACUUCACUGAAUCAUUGAAAAAGAUCAAACGAAGUGUGAGCCCUCAGACCUUGGAAGCAUACAUCCGUUGGAACAAGGACUUUGGGGAUACUACCGUGUAAGGAAACACCUUUGAAAGCCUGCAGAAUAAACAUCAAGAAAAAAAUACAGGAUCUGCUAUGCGAUGUCAACUCUUGAAACUUGGCCUAAGUUUACAGGACUUGAGUGUUAAAAUAUUUGUGCACCAAACUUGAAGAUGAACCAGACACAAAUUUAACUAAAACAUACAAUGCAAGUUGAGUGGUUUGUUGUUUUAAGACCUUCUUGCCUUGAUGGUCAUGGCUAUUCCAGUGGACACCAGUUUCGAGCACAACAAAAAUGGAUUCUGGUCUUCUCUUCCAGUAUAAUCAUAAUGUAAAUAAUAAUUUGUAUAUUGUGUUGCAGAUGAAAGUAUUCCAGAAACAGUGAAUGGUAGAAGAAACAAGAGCCUUUGCUUGUUUGUCUUCUUUUUUGUCUUAAAAAAUGGUAAUUUUUCCUGCUUUCUUUUCUUUUUUCUGCUGUUGUCCUAAGUAUGGGUGAUUGGAAUGCCAACCACUCUUUAAGUUUGUUUUCUUUCUCAAAUACAGUGUGCCAAAAGAAACUUUUUCCUAAGUAAUAAGACAGGGAAAAGUUAUUUUGAGGGUUUUCUUCACUUAUCUACAGACCUUAAACAGCUUUGUGAUCUUCUCACUUUUUGUUUUGUUACCUUACUACCAAGCAGUUUAGAAAGCAAUAUAAUCAAAGCCAGUCUGGUGAAACGCAGAUGGUUUAGAGGUUUGAGUUCCUCUGUCAUGUAACAUGUAGACCAGUCCACAUGUGACCUUCGGUGUUUGAUUUUACUACUGUACUUGUCAGAAAUCUGUUGUACACUGUUUCCUUAUUCACAACGGAAUUUAUUUUUUGCUGGAAUUACUCUGAAUCUUUAGAACGUCAAUUCUAACUGCUAUGAAAGAGGUUCUGGUACAAGCAAAGGGAAAUUCUGGGAGUUAAGACACUUCUUAUCUAUUGAUUAUUACCUUUUUACUGUUUACAGGAUAAUUAUAAGCCAGUGGAACUACCAUCUUUCAUUCCUAAAAAUAGGAGUCGCUUCAAUGGCAAUUUUACAAGUACUGAAUUUUUAUACAUUGCA